AUGGGUAGAAUGGCAAAUGAUAAGACGGUUAUGACCGUGCUUGAUUGGCUAAACCGCAUGAAGCAAAUCCCUUCCGUGGAAGACUAUGCAAACCCGUUCCGAGACAUCACGUUGGUGCUGCCUGACCCUGAUGAAGACACAUUUUUGCAAGUUACUACGGGUUUACGACGUGAAGUCUGCCUGGAGGUUUUCCGACCCCAGGCUCGUACUCUUGACGCGACCACCAGAGUAGCCAUGACAUAUGAAGAUGCAAUGACGGCCACCAACCCUCGGUUUCCAUUGCCGUCCUUUUCUGGUGACCGUCGACAUCUCGUCUCAUACUGUACCAAUGUCCGUCGCGCCAAGCAUAUACAUGCGAAGGGUCCGCCGCACACCCUCUUUAAAUAG